CAUACGUUAUAAAGGCGACGCAUUAACUGUGGAGUUAGGAUAAUCGCGGCGCGAUCUAUAACGUCGCGUAUCGUUUUAUUAAUCGGCGCGGGCGCAGUGGCAAAGUUCACGCGAUCCCACCAGACCGGUAACGCACCGCCGUUAGAGAGAGAGACAACAACAUGUCAAAUAAGGAAGGUCAGAGGGAGAUGGAAUGAGAGAUAGAUGUUGCGUUAGAAGUUGGCCACGCCCCCUCAGCGCUCGAAGCUCCGAAUCCACCUCCGAGAGCAUUCGUGCGCGCGCGCCGCAGCAGACACACGCCACCCGUGUUUCAUAUCAUAAAUCCUCGGAAAUGAAAUCGGCCGCGCGAUUUCAAUCCCAUCAUAUCAAAUGCCAGUGUUUUACUCAAUUUUAGAACUCAUUAAAGACACCAAGAACUGUUAAAAUGAUGUGCCAAUAGACAAUAAAUAUAACAGUGCGGUUGCAUAGACGUUUUCAGUUUGCGCUUUCAGUUAUACGUUACAUGUAAAUUGAACGGCGACAUUCCGUUUGUUUGUUUUCAUCGAAAGUGACUGGACUGUGACAUUUGAAAUCGAUAGUAUUCGUAAUUGAAGUACCGCGUAUGCGGGUCGCUUUAGUGAAAUUUUAUUGACUUAAAAAAUUGAGAGCGAAUUUUGUGAAGUGACAGUGGGAUUUUUCGGAAAACUUCGGGCUCUAAUUGUGCUCACACCAAAGAUAUUAAGCGUCGGGCACCAGCCGCUGGCGCGUCGCUCCGCCAUGGAGGUACGUUAUUCGCCUUCGUGUAUGGACACCAUGAUGAACCAAAAGUGCAAAGUGUGCGGGGAGCCAGCGGCCGGCUUCCACUUCGGCGCAUUCACAUGUGAAGGAUGCAAGUCAUUCUUCGGCCGCUCCUACAACAACUUAAACUCCAUCACGGAGUGCAAGAACAAUGGCGAGUGCGUCAUCAACAAGAAGAAUAGGACGGCGUGCAAGGCGUGCCGCCUGCGCAAGUGCCUCAUGGUGGGCAUGUCCAAGUCCGGCUCGCGGUACGGCCGCCGCUCCAACUGGUUCAAGAUCCACUGCUUGCUCCAAGAGCAGCAGCAAGCGGCGCAGUCGCAGUCGCCACCGCGAGUGCCGCCGUCACCGCACCCACUCGCGCCACCCUUCCCACCCCAUCUGUUCCCGGGACUAGCGAGACCAAGAACAAAAGAAGAGCUCGCUCUCCUCGGCUUAGACGACUAUAAGCCACCUUGCUCUGCCUCUCCAGAUUCACAUAAAAGUGGAUCAUCGCCAAAACUCGACGACAAAUCCAGAUUGUCGCAGUCGAGACCGCAAGACAGACCUCUGACGCCACCCAGAGAUACGUUCGUCCCUCUGCAAUUAGCCAACAUAGCCUCCUUGCCCCACUUCCCCCACUCGCCCUUCUUACCACCGCCACCGUUCAGCCCGUUCGCACACAAUCAUCCGUUGCUGUUCCCUCCAGGCUUCCACCCCAUCUACUCGAGACAUCUCUUAGACCAUGCGGCGCUAAGGCAAGCCGCUGAAAACAACAAUGACGUCAGAAUUGACGACCACAAUGAGAGAACUGAAUCCUCAAAGCGUUUCUUCUUAGAUGAGAUCCUUAAACAGCAGCGGUCCACCCAGCCCACUCCCCGGGAGGAGGACGUUAUAUCUGAAGCUGAGUUCGUGCCGACGCCGCCAGCAGAGAGGAGAACCUCUGAGUCUCCGCUGCAAGAGAACCCCAUGGACUUGUCGGUGAAGUCCGACGGCAGAUCGAGUUCUGCGCGACGAAGAUCAGAUGAUAGUGAAGUGAUAGUGCCGGACAAUGACGACGGCGAGUCGGGCAGCGGGGUGGGCUCGGCAAGCGAGGAGGAGGAUGUGUCCUACUCACAAAUAAAGAGGAUCAAGCUCCACCCGCUCGACCUCACCACCAAAGUGUGACGCUCGCCGCGACGCCUCGUGCCGCCUGGUGCCGUUACUGUAGACUGUUGACACGUCAGUGAAUGAAUUAAGGCCAGUAUAGAGGAAUGUGAUUUUUGUUUAAGCUCAAACACUCGGAUGUUGUUUGAUUUGUUAUCGCUUGAAAGAGUCUAUCCAAAUACGUAUAAUAAGUAAUGUUUAGGUAAUACAAUGUUAUUGGUACUUAACGAGCCCGGUAUAAGGUUAUGUACAAAGCAAAAUGUAAAUAAAUAAAUUAUUCUUUGUAUAGUGUAAGUUAGGUUACAAUAGAUAAUGAUUAUAUCACUCUCUUUGAAAAUGGAAAAGCCGGGUGUUGCAACAUUCCAUUCGACUUAAAACAACUUAUAUAUUUUUGUAUAAAUUUUUAUUAUAAUUUAUUUCUAGUAGAAUUUCAAAGUGUUGUUUGUGGUUGUAAAGUGUUAACUUCGGGUGCAUUGUGAAUCCUCUUUUAUAUUUCUAUAAGUCUUCGUAUUUCUAAACUGUAGCUAAGUUCUAUUAUUUAAUCACGACUGUCGGCUAUACUUUUGUAUCCAUUUUUGUAAAAACAUCUCUC